AAAAUUUUGAAAUUGUGUUGUCGCCUUGUCGGGGCAUUCAUGGUGUUUUGGGAGUUUCUUCCAUCGCUAAUUCGCUACAAAUUUACACCAUCAUCAUUGAAUUCUGGCUCUGAAUCCGUUGAUAAAUCUCUGAUCAAAAACUGAAAUCUCUGCAACAACGACUACAUUUUUUCACUCUCAGAUCACGUUCGGAGUUCUGACUUGUUUCUGAGCUUUUACAUCUAGUUAAGACUGACUUGGAUUACUUCAUCUUUUGUUCUGGAGGGCUUAAGCUUGGGAAGGCAAUGACUGGUGGAAACAAAGGUUGUUGAAUAAGGACGCAAAUAAUGGGGUCUCAAGGUGAUGGAGAUGGUGAUGGUAAACAGUCUCAGUUUCAGCCAUUGGCAAGUCAAAACUCGAUAUAUAGUCUUACUCUUGAUGAGGUUCAGAAUCAAUUGGGUGACUUGGGGAAGCCGCUGAGCAGUAUGAAUCUUGAUGAACUUUUGAAGAAUGUAUUUACGUCUGAGGCUCAUCAAUCUAUGGGUCGAGAAAUCGAGGAUCCCACUUUGGCCAAUCAGAAUGCUCUGCAGCGUCAGGCAAGCCUAUCAUUGACUAAUCCUCUGAGUAAAAAGACGGUUGAUGAGGUUUGGAGAGACAUUCAGCAGACCAACAAUAACAGGGAAAGGAAGUCUCCGGAAAGGCAUCCUACUUUGGGAGAGAUGACUUUGGAGGAUUUCUUGGUAAAAGCAGGAAUUGUAGCUGAGGCAUCUUUUGAUAAGAAGGGUGGUUUUCCCAUUGUCGGAUCUGAUCCAAAUGUAGCACAACAGUUCCCACAACAAGGUCAGUGGGUGCAGUACCCACAUCCACAAUACCAACAUCCACAACAAAACAUGAUUGGUGUUUGUAUGCCUAGCCAACCCAUACCACAGUCAUUGCCUGUGGGAGCUGGUGCCAUUUUGGAUGUUACUUACCCAGAGAACCAGGUGGCAUUGCCUUCGCCUUCGAUGGGAACAUUGUCGGAUGCACAAGCAGCUGGCCGGAAACGAGGCACUCCAGAGGCUAUGGUUGGGAAAACUGUUGAAAGGAGGCAGAAGAGGAUGAUAAAGAACCGGGAAUCCGCUGCUCGUUCCCGAGCAAGGAAGCAGGCUUACACAAAUGAACUGGAGACCAAAGUUUCUCGCCUUGAAGAGGAAAAUGAAAGGCUCAGGAAACGGAAGGAGAUGGAGAAGUUGUUCCCAAGUGAACCUCCAGAGCCCAAGUAUCAGCUUCGUAGGACUGCAUCAGCCCCAUUUUAACAUUUGCCAGUCCAAGAAAGUUUUGUAGAUAUGAAAGUCCCCGCCCCGAGUUAGUCCUCUUAGUUUCUCCUCUGAAGGAGCAUCUGUCUUUUGUUUCUGCUUCUGACAGUUUCCUUUCUGCUUUUGUAUCUAUUUGUGAUAUCAUUUGUUGUAAUUUUAUCUAAUUGUGACUUUCAUCUUUUUGAGCUUUUUGAUGCUCAGUGUAUAAUCCUUUACAAUCUGCUGGCUGUUUGAUAUUCUGCAGUUGAGUUCUG